CUCAGCACCAUGAGCGUCUCGCCUGCUCGCACCGUACUGCUCACAGGCGGCUCGGCUGGACUCGGACUCGCCACCCUCGAGAUCCUCCUCCGCGACGGCUGCAACGUCGUCUCGCUCCAGCGCACCGAGUCGCCAGAGCUCACUGCCCUCGCCGGCAAGUACAACGGCGCCCUCGUCAUCAGCAAAGGCGACGUCGCCGUCGAGGACGACAACAAGGCCGCUGUCGACGUCGCGCUCCAGUCGUUCGGCCGCCUCGACGCCCUCAUCCUCAACGCCGGUACGCUGCACCCGCUCGGCGCCGUCUCGUCCCUCUCGGGCCCGAGACUCGACGAGCUUAAGCACCUGUUCGACGUCAACUUCUUUGCCCUCGUCGCCAUCCUCGCCCACGCCAUCCCGCACCUGCGCACCCGCGACGGCAAGGAGGGGCUCGCCGAGGGACAGCCGGCCGGCAGGGUCAUCCUCGUCAGCUCGGGCGCUGCGACGGGCGGUACGACUGGGUGGGCAGCUUACAACGCCUCAAAGGCCGCCAUGAACUCGCUCGGCCGCACCCUCGCCAACGAGGAGCCCGACAUCGUCACUGUCGCCGUUCGUCCCGGUACGCCCGACACCGUCAUGCAGCAGAAGAUUCGCGAACUCGGCGCAGCGCACAUGUCGCCGACCGACCACGCACGCUUCACCGGCCUGCACGAGCGGGGCGAGCUCCUGCCGCCGCACGAGCCUGGCGGCGUCCUCGCCGGCCUCGCCCUCGACGCGCCUCGCGGCCUGAGUGGCGAGUUUGUCAACUGGAACGACGAGACGAAGGCGCUCAAGUGGCAGCGCAAGCUGUAGAGCGGCGGCGUCGACAAGGUCGGCUGUCGUAACCUGCGAGUCGAGGCGGCGGCGGUGGUUGUGAAUAGACAGACGCUCGACAGCCUUUCGGCUUUGCGCU